GCUUCUGUGCGUAUUUCCCAAUUGCAUUUCAAGGUGCUGUAUUUUCUUUCUUUUGUGUCUGGGGGCGUUGGGGUGGGGGGUGUCGCUCACGUGACGGUUCGCGUCCUCUCGCGAGACGUGACGCAGUUUGGCGCACAAACAAUCAUCUUCACCUUCGUCUUCAUCCUCGCUCGCUCGGAUCUUUUCGGCGGUCAAGGCAUCAAUCAAUCGACGUCCGCGGGAAGGAGCGCGCGUACUGACGCACGCGCACGACAGAUCGUCGCAGCUGGUCCGCGAUGGAGGCGACGUCGGCGUGUGCGUCUGCGUGCGUGUCGGCGACGUCCGCUCACAGUCUGCUGCUGCUGCAGCAGCUCAACGUGCAGCGCGAGUUCGGCUUCUUGUGCGACUGCACUGUCGCCAUCGGCAACGUCUACUUCAAAGCUCACCGCGCCGUCCUCGCCGCCUUCUCCAACUACUUCAAGAUGAUCUUCAUUCACCAGACCAGCGAGUGCAUCAAGAUCCAGCCGACCGACAUCCAGCCCGACGUGUUCAGCUACCUGCUGCACGUGAUGUACACAGGGGCGUGCCCCAAGCAGGCCGUGGAGCCCGCCCGCCUGGAGGACGGCAUCAAGUUCCUCCACGCCCAUCAGCUGUGUCGCAAGAGUGGCGACGGGCUCGCCGGCGGCACCGGGCAAGACCCCGCCGCGCCCUCCGCCGCCGACGCCGUGCGCAUGUCCAACCUCUACGGCAUCCAGAUCUCGUCCCAGCUCGCCGGCAAGGAGGCGCCCGCCACCGUCGUCCACUCGGGGCCGUCGCGGGGGGGACGCAGCCACUCGCAUCCGUCGCUGGCCGUGGGCUCGGAAGGCGAGCGAUCGGAUGGCCAGGCCUCUUCGCCGCAGGAUGACUUUGACAUCUCGGCCGCCAUAAAGCAGGAGCGUCCGGAGGACGAGGGAGUCGAGAUGGGGUCGUCGCCCCAGGACGGUGCGGGGUCUGAAGAGCGUCGGCGGCCGCCGCCGCCGCUCGCAUGUCCCCGCUGUGGCCAUUGCUGCUCCUCGCCCGAGCGGCUACGCCAGCACCUGUUCAGCCACGCCCUCCACCCCGCCCUCUUCACGGAGGGGCUGGCGCACGAGGGCGGCGGCGGCGGCGGUCUGGAUGAUGAAGACGAAGUGGACGGCCAGCGCAUGGACGCCGGCCGCCUGGAAGAGGCGCUGCGGCAGAGCCGGGCGCUCGCCGCUCAGCUGGCGGCGGAGCUCCGAAGGAGCCGCGAGGGGGCGGGACUGAGCGCCGCCCCUGCCGCCGCCCACUCACGCAAGCGCAAGAUGGCGUGCGCCGUGUGCGGCGUGCGCUUCUCGCACAAGAGUCAGCUUCAGGAGCACAUGUACGCGCACACCGCCAAGCCGCCCAGACUGCACCGCCACAGCCAGCUCUUCCACAGCUCCGCCCACUUCUGCCAUGAAGGGGGCGGGGCUUUGGCUAACGACGCCCUCCUGGACGUGGGCAGGGACGCUCAUGACAACGGAAGCUCCGCCUACUCGCUCGACUCGGAAAUCUCGCAGGAGAGUGGCGACGGCGGGCGCUGCGAGUGACGUUGUGGUUUCCCGUUUGGUCUUGUGACUUUCGUUGAUGGACGCGCGCUUCGUUUUGUCCUCUGUGUGGUUUUCAAAGUAAAAGCUCUGAUCAAACACG